AUGCCUGUCCUGGAGCCGUUGAGAGGCUCAGCCGAUGCGCCCGCCACUUACAAACAGCCUUCGAGAAAAGGCAAGAAGGCAUGGAGGAAGAACGUCGAUGUCACCGAGGUGCAACAAGGUCUGGUGGAGUUGAAUGAGGAAAUUAUCAAGGGUGGUGUCAUUGCUGAGCGACCAUCUGAGCAGCUUUUCACCUUCGACACAUUCGGCGAUGCGUCCAUCCCGAAAAAGUUCCCAAAGCAUACAUCUAAGCCUCUGAAGUCCGAAGAGAUCAUCGCCGCUCGUUCUCUCGUCCCCGCCGUUGACUCCCGAAAGCGUCCCGGCAUCAAGACCAGUGAUGGCAUUAUUCCUGCAAAACGGCAACGGACCGGAUAUGUUACCCAGAAAGAGCUUGCUCACCUGCGCAGGGUAGCAGAUGGUCAACAGGAAAUGACUGUUGAGAUUUCGGACACUGUGUUCGACCCAUGGACGGCAGCAGCCGAUACACCGAAGGACCCAGAAGCCGUAUACGACUUCAGAAAUGACCAGACGAAGGCUCCGAAAUCUUUUGCCAAAAAGCCCAUUUCACUAGCAGCAAACGGCAAGCCUAUACCGGCCGUAGCCAGGCCGUCAGGAGGAUACAGCUACAAUCCGGCAUUCGAUGACUACGAAGCCCGUCUGACGGCAGAGUCUAAAAAAGCCAUUGAGGCUGAGCAGAGGCGCCUGGCAGAGGAGGAAGCAGAACGCAUGAAGGCGGAGGCGGCAGCCAGAUCAGCCGCCGAGGCUGAAGCAGCCGAAGCACGAGCCCAACUUUCAGAAUGGGAGGAGGACUCGGAGUGGGAAGGCUUUCAGAGUGACGGCGAGGAGUUGAAGGUGUCUGCCAAACAACCGCAGCGGAAGACGCCUGCUCAAAGAAACAGGAUCAAGAGACGCAAGGAAGAGGAGCGCCGUUUGAAGCACGAGAGCAAAACCAAGUUAAAGAAGGCCCAAGCCGAGCAGAUCAAGCAAAUUGCGAAAGCCCUCGCCGAGAGAGAGGAGGCUUUGGCAUUGGCACGAGCCGAAGAGAGUGACAGCACUGCUGAAGGGAACGACGAGGAGCUUCGACGAAAGCAAUUGGGCAGACGCAAGCUGCCCGAGAAGGAUCUUGAGCUUGUUCUGCCGGACGAGCUGGAGGACUCGUUGCGACGUCUGAAGCCGGAAGGGAAUCUGCUUAAGGACAGGUAUCGAAAUCUGUUGGUGAACGGCAAGGUCGAGAUCACAAGAAGGAUACCCUUCAGGAAGCAAGCCAAGAUGAAGUCGACCGAGAAAUGGUCCUACAAGGACUUUCGUAUAUAG